CCACACAGAUGUGCUUUUUACCUUUUGAAGACUUAAAAUCCCUGGAAUUUUACAAAGUCUUUUGUAAGUAUCAGUUUCAGUUAUGACAAAAUGCUAGUAAAGCACUUGAUCUUAUAAUAACCAUUGUCAGAGAGCCAGAGAACAUUAAAUUGCACGGACCUUUAGAUUUUAUCUCCAGAAGUCACAGACUGCAGGAAACUAGCAGAAUUAGCACAGUCUUAAAACAAAACAGAAACAGACAGCUAGAAUUUGAAACCUUUAGGAAUGACAUGUGAUUUCAGACUUGACCUAGUCCUUUUUGUUCUUCCCCUGCCCUCUGCCAUUGUAAAUUAUCCAUGCUGCCUUGAGUCUUUUGAGCAUGUGAUUCCCUGCCUACCUCUCUGAUGAAGCUAGGGAAACUUCAGGCUUAGAGAGGCCAAAUUGCUAAGGAACACAUACUUAACAAGAGACAGAAUAUUCAGAUCCUGGAACCCCAGUCUCUUGAAGAACCAAUUAAUUUUCUACCAGAGCUCCAGUGACUUGCAUUAAUGGAACAAAUAGAAAGUCUGUGAUCUUGGCACCUUCUGUGAUUAAGGAAGAUGAAGAAAUUAGGGACACCACCGAAUGAAGUUCUAUCUUAAAUAUAACACCUUUCUUCCUUUUUUUAGCUACAAGGCUUUGGCCGACCAAGUGUAUACCAUGCUGCUAUUGUCAUCUUCCUUGAAUUCUUUGCGUGGGGCCUAUUGACAACUCCAAUGUUAAAUGUUCUACAUGACACAUUUCCUCAACACACAUUCCUCAUGAAUGGUCUCAUUCAAGGUGUAAAGUUGGCAGUUUCUCUGUUUAAAAUGGCUCCACGUGUAGUGCCGAAGUGUUGUCAAAUGUUUCUAAGUGCAGGAGAACCUUGAUGUACCCUAUGGAGAAAAUACUCUGUUAGGGCCUGCUCUCGUUUCUGAGUGCCCCGCUCAUAGGCGCUCUGUCUGAUGUGUGGGGGAGGAAGCCCUUUCUCCUCUGCACUGUCUUCUUCACCUGCUUUCCAAUUCCACUGAUGAAAAUCAGCCCCUGGUGGUAUUUUGCGAUGAUUUCCAUGUCUGGAGUCUUCUCAGUCACGUUCUCUGUGAUAUUUGCCUAUGUAGCUGACAUCACCCAGGAGCAUGAGCGAAGUACAGCUUAUGGAUGGGUCUCAGCCACAUUUGCAGCCAGUCUGGUCAGCAGCCCAGCUAUUGGAGCAUUGCUCUCUGCCAGUUAUGGAGACAGCCUCGUUGUGCUGGUGGCCACAGUGGUGGCUCUUCUGGACAUCUGCUUCAUCUUGUUGGCUGUUCCAGAAUCUCUGCCAGAGAAGAUGAGACCUCUUUCCUGGGGAGCUCAGAUUUCGUGGAGACAAGCAGAUCCUUUUGCGUCCUUGAAGAAAGUUGGAAAAGAUUCUACCGUCUUGCUAAUCUGCAUCACCGUUUUCCUUUCAUACCUCCCUGAAGCUGGACAGUAUUCAAGUUUUUUCCUCUAUCUCAGGCAGAUCAUAGGUUUUGGAUCUAUUAAAAUUACAGCAUUCAUAGCUAUGGUAGGAAUUCUGUCUAUUGUGGCUCAGACUGCCUUUCUCACCAUCUUGAUGAGAUCAUUAGGGAAUAAGAACACUGUCCUCCUUGGUUUGGGCUUCCAGAUGCUCCAGUUAGCCUGGUACGGUUUUGGAUCUCAGCCAUGGAUGAUGUGGGCAGCCGGGACCGUGGCUGCCAUGUCCAGCAUCACGUUUCCAGCAGUGAGUGCCCUCGUCUCUCGGAAUGCAGAGUCAGAUCAGCAAGGAGUUGCCCAGGGCAUCAUAACUGGAAUAAGAGGACUGUGUAACGGCCUGGGGCCAGCGCUGUAUGGCUUCAUAUUCUACGUGUUCCACGUGGAGCUGACAGAGUUGGAGCCAGAGCUGAAUUCUAACAAUGCUGCCCUGCAGGGAGCUGUCAUCCCAGGUCCACCGUUUUUGUUUGGGGCAUGUAUAGUCCUUAUGUCUUUUCUGGUUGCCUUAUUCAUCCCUGAAUACAGCAAAGGCAGUGGAAUCCAAAAACAGAGCAGCAGCAUCAGUGGCAGCCUGAACAACGCCCCGGAGCGGGGCAGUGAUGAGGACAUCAAGCCACUGCUGCAGGACAGCAGCAUCUGGGACCUGUCUUCCUUCGAGGAGCCUGGGAAUCAGUGCACUGAGCUAUGAACUGCGGAAAGGGAGGCUCUGCAGACGCCAUCUCAGAGCCAUGGCGGGGCCACACCACAUGGGGACUUCAUGGUGCUGGAGGGGAGAUGCUUGCUAGCGGCAUCGUUCAGGGCCGAGUUUGAGAAGUAACCACCUCCGUCCCUCUGUCUCCCUCCCCAUCCUCCUCCUCUUCCUUUUCUACCAUUCUUUUUCUUUCUGUUUAUAUGUGAGAACAAGAUUCGAAAUACUUCCCUGCAUCAGUAUGCAACUCUCAAAGUUAUAUGGAGUCUCACCUUUGAAACUCAAGCAGAAAAAGUCAUCUCUGAUAAAAAGGAUGGCUUUCCUUUAAUAAGUCCAGAGUAAGCGUGCCCAUGGCCUUUUUAGUAGAAGAUGCAGGAUUGUAGUGCAACUGCCACCUCUGGCAAAAUUUGAGAUUAAAAAUCCCAUGUUUUCUCCCUUCCUGUUCCUCUGACCUGUGCCCUUCUAGCCCGUGGGUGUUUAGUGAGUGGCUGCUUUAAGAGUCACUCAGUAUCAGGGAUCUAUUGCCUUUGUUCAAAGGUCAAGCGAAAAUCUAGUCUACUCUCCUUUCCUUCUCUCUACUUCCUAUUCUUGGCUGGAACAAAACUCAGCAUAUACACCUCUAGACAUUAAUAAUAUUGAUCAGUGAUAACCUUUACCAGAUGAAGGGAAAUUUUUUAUAAAUUCUAAUCAGGAAGAAUUAGCAACUCAGAUUCCUGGACCUGAUGUCUUAGUCAGAUCCAAGGUGAUUUUACCGAAGAAAAAUACACUUGAAGCAUUCUGGUAGCAACAUAGAAAUGGGAGGGUGCUUCUAAGGAAGUUUUUAACAAUGUAAACAUUCCGAAGUGAGGAUGAGAGUUGAUAGCUGGAUACCAGAGGAGUUUACAUCCAAGUUUAGACUCAACGUAAUGCAUUAUUACUUUUUGCUCCAACCUACAUUUCCUGUGUCCUGCUUCUCAAUGUUCUCAUUCAUCACACCCCUGCCUUAACUGCUCUAUGUAGGCAUUUGUUUUCAGUCAGUCUUUAUUUCCAUCUGUUUAUCUGCCUUUUAAAUCUCAUCGAGAAUAUGCCCAGUAAAUUCCUUUCUAAAAUAUGACGGUUUAAGAAGCUCAGUUUCACAAUGUGUCUUGCUAAUUUUUUGAGAUGUUUUCUGGACAAAGAAAACUUUACAGAUUUAUAUGUAUUUUGCUGCACCAGUAAGUGGACCAUUAACUAAGGCCCGUCUUUAACAGAGCACUCCUUUGAAAGUUUUAUAGGUAUGAAAUAUAUGUAGAUAUUCAUAAGCAGUUUUAAUUUUUUUGAUGGGGUGCUGUGUAAAUCUUGUAUUUAUAAAUGUAAUGAAGGUAUUGACAAAAAAUAUAUACAACUUUUAUAAAGGAUUGUGUACUGACUGAAUACAUUUAAAAGAAAAUAUAUUUUGAAACCUGUUCUGCUAUGAACAAAGAUAACAUAUCUUUUUACUAUGCUGUUGGUUUUUAAGUUAAGCUUCCUAAUGCAUAAUAAAAUUUCAGUGGAUACUUUU